AUGCUUUUCUUCUUUGUCAUCAAAUCUUCCAUUUCCUUUUUUUUCUCUUCUGUUUUCCCGCCUUGUUGCUUCCUUUGUUACUUUUCCUUCUUUAUAUAUUCAUUCUUUUCUUUGUGUCUUUCUGGCUUCUUUCAUCUUUUUCUUUUUCUCUUCCUUUUCUUUUUGUUUCACUCUCUCUCUCUCUCUCUCCCUCUCUUUCGACGUUCUCUUUCUACUAUCCUCUUUUGUUUCUUUCUCCUCUUCUCUUCCUUCUUUCUUUUUUUAAAUUUUACCUUCUCCUUCCUUCGUGACCUCUUCCUUCCUACUUUCCUUCUGUCCUUCCCACUUUCCUUGUAUCAUUUCUACAUUCCUUCUUUCCAUCCUACUUUCUUCUCUCCUUCCUACUCUCCUUCUAUCCCUCUUGCUUUUCUUCUUUCCCUCCUGAUUAACAUCUGUCCUUCCUAUUUUCAUUCUUUCCAACCUACUUUCGUAUAUCCUUCCUACUUUACUGCUAUCGUUUCUAAUUUACGCCUUUUCUUCUUUCAUUCCAUUUUUCCUUCUUUCAAUGCUAUUUUCAUUCUUUACUUCCUACAUUCCUUCUCUCAUUUCUACUUUCCUUCUAUAAUUUCUCCUUUCUUCCUUUCCUUCCCACUUGCCUUCUUUCCUGAAUGUUUUCCUUUUUCCUGA